CAAUGUUUUCGUAAAUGAAUGUAAAAUGUAAAUAGAAUAAUAUUUACGUAUUGUUUUAAAACAAACGUUACUGCAUUACAAUAUGUCCAGUUUGUAUAUCGAUAUUAGAGACGAUCAGUGGCCGCUUGUGUAUGAUGAUAAAUAUAAUGUAUCGUUUUGUGGAUUUGAGAAAUUUCACGUAUUUGACACUAAGAAAUGGCGCAAUAUUAUUCAGUAUCUCUUAGAAGCCAAAUUUAUUACUCCAGAAUGUCUCGUGAAACCUCUUGAAGCAAAGGAAAAUGAAUUGCUUGUUGUUCACACAAAGAAAUAUCUUAAGUCACUCAAAUGGAGUGGAAAAGUGGCCAUGAUAGCAGAGGAACCAAUUGUCGCUUGUAUUCCAAACAUACUUGUUCAGCGUGCGUAUUUAAAACCUAUGAGGUUACAAACAGGUGGAUCUGUACUAGCUGGUAAGCUGGCCCUGGAGCGUGGGUGGGCUAUAAAUGUAGGGGGUGGUUUCCACCAUUGCAGCGGGGGUCGUGGUGGUGGGUUCUGUGCGUAUGCUGAUAUAACCCUGCUUAUAAGAAAUUUAUUCAUGCAUCGGAAUGUAAAGAAUGCCAUGAUUGUGGAUUUGGAUGCUCACCAAGGUAACGGCUAUCAACGCGACUUCAUGGGUGUACCAGAAGUGUACAUAAUGGAUAUGUACAAUAAAUACAUAUACCCUAGAGAUGAGGAGGCCAAGAGGGCUAUCAGACGGAAGAUAGAAUUGGGAAACAAGGUCGAGGAUCUGGAAUAUAUGUUGAAGCUUAGGAAGAAUCUUAAAGGUGCACUCAAUGAGUUUAAGCCAGAUAUCCUUGUCUAUAACGCUGGAACAGAUAUAUUAGAUUCAGAUCCACUCGGACACAUGCGGAUAAGUGAAGUUGGUAUAAUAAAAAGGGAUGAAUUCGUAUUCGAGAUAUGUAAAGAGCAAGAAAUACCAGUAGUGAUGCUUACAAGCGGCGGUUAUUUGAGGAAAACGGCGCGAAUCAUCGCCGACUCCAUCAUGAACCUCAAGAAUAAAGGCUUGAUUGGAUGCGAACCGAUAAAUAAGCUGGAAAAGUUCUAAUUUCGCUCAAUUUUCGUCCUAAAUGAAGUCAGAGAAGAGUGUUUUUAAAAUCGAUUUUUCUAUGUAAUAUUUAAAUGUUUAUAAAUUAUCUAAAGGAAAUGAUGGUAUUCCCUAAAACUU